GGAGACACAAUCUACCCCCCCCCCUACCCUCAGUACCACAGCCGCUGGGCUGAACCUUACGAGCACAGGAUCAACCAUCUGGUUGCAGGGGGGGGACACGUUAUACGAGCCCAGCGGAGGUAGCCGAGCAGACUGGCAGCCCUUUCCCUUAAUAAGCCAUGAAACGAGUAUGUCUCCCAAGCAGCAGUGAAGAUUCCGAUGACAAUGGAAGUCUCUCUACAUCUUGGUCUCAGCAUUCAAGAUUCCUUCCAAGUUUUAGGCAUGAAGACAGGAAGCCGUCUGAGGUGUUCAGAACAGAUUUGAUCACUGCAAUGAAGCUGCAUGAUUCAAACCAGCUGAACCCCGAGGACUAUUAUGUGCUGGCUGACCCUUGGCGCCAGGAGUGGGAAAAGGGGGUACAAGUACCUGUGAACCCAGAGUUUAUUCCUGAGACAAUUGCCAGGGUAAUAGCUGAAAAAGAUAAAGUGGUCACCUUCACUAGACCCCGUAAAUAUAUCCAUUCAUCUGGAUCAGAGCCUCCAGAGGUUGGAUACGUUGACAUCCAAACUCUGGCAGAUGCUGUAUGUCGCUAUGACUUAAAUGAGAUGGAUGUUGCCUGGCUGCAGCUAAUUAAUGAAGAAUUCAAAGAAAUGGGCAUGCAGCAACUAGACGAGUACACUAUGGAACAAGUCUUGGAGGAGUUUGAGAAGAAGUGUUAUGACAAAAUGAACCAUGCAAUUGAGACUGAAGAAGGUCUGGGCAUAGAGUAUGAUGAGGAUGUUGUAUGUGACGUGUGCCAGUCUCCGGAUGGAGAAGAUGGCAAUGAAAUGGUUUUCUGCGACAAAUGUAACAUUUGUGUACACCAGGCAUGCUAUGGAAUAUUGAAAGUGCCUGAAGGAAGCUGGCUUUGUCGCACAUGUGCCUUGGGGGUCCAGCCAAAGUGUUUGCUGUGUCCAAAGAAAGGUGGAGCCAUGAAGCCAACAAGAAGUGGCACAAAAUGGGUUCACGUCAGUUGUGCUCUUUGGAUUCCAGAGGUGAGCAUUGGCAGUCCAGAAAAGAUGGAACCAAUUACUAAAGUGUCUCACAUACCAAGCAACCGUUGGGCAUUACUUUGUAGCUUGUGCAAUGAAAAGGUUGGGGCCUGCAUACAGUGUUCCAUUAAGAACUGCCGUACAGCAUUUCAUGUGACAUGUGCCUUUGAUCACGGCUUGGAGAUGAAAACGAUUCUCACUCAAGAAGACGAAGUGAAGUUCAAGUCAUACUGCCCAAAACACGGCUCUACGAAGAAGCCAGAAGAUAGCCAUUUCUGCAGAAGUGCAAGUGAUGGUAAGGACACAUGUGAAGCCUCCCCUACUUUUUUGGGUGGUCUUCGAGUACUGGAGGCCUCACAGCAGAAUGCCAAACAUGGGAGCCAGCGGAAAUUGAAGCUCCAGCAACUUGAAGAUGACUUUUAUUCCUUUGUCGAUGUGCAUGAUAUAAGUCAGGCCCUGAAAAUUCCUCUUGAUGUGACUGAAUAUAUUUACCAGUACUGGAAGUUGAGGAGGAAAGCCAACUUUAAUGAACCACUCAUCACUCCAAAGAAGGACGAGGAAGAUAACUUAGCCAAGAAAGAACAAGAUGUUCUGAUUCGUAGACUACAGCUCUUCACUCAUCUGCGCCAAGAUUUGGAAAGGGUACGCAAUCUGACAUACAUGGUGACCAGACGGGAAAAGAUGAAGCGCUCAGUUUGUAGAGUUCAAGAGCAAAUAUUUAACCUUUAUACAAAGAUUUCUGAGCAGGAGAAAGAUCUAGGGUUUCCACUGGAAAAUGGGUUGCUUUUUAACACCCAGCCAUCAAACCCGGAUGCUCCAAAAAUAGAAGACUUGAAGUGGCACUCGGCAUUCUUUAGAAAACGGCUUGGCUCCUCACUGCGCUGCUCAAUGAAAGAUUCUCACAAAAAGAGUAGAGAAAGAAUAAUCGGGAAAUCACUGGACACAGAGAUCCUCUUAACAGAUAGAAAGAAGGAAGGCCAGACUUCGGAUGUUUCCUUUCCUUUAGAAAAGACGGUUGCAAAGAUUAAACCGGUGCAGCAGAAGAAUGGAGGGAGCUUUCCAGAGCACAGGAAAAGACGCGACAGCCGUACUCAGGGUGACACUAAGUUUGAUUCAAAAGAAAAGCCUCUCCGACAGCAGCAUAGACCUGCAAAACACACAGAACCUCCAGAGAGACCUGCUGAAAAGAAAAGGGCCCUAAGUCAGUGUGGUGGUAAAAGUGCAACAGCAUCAUCCAAUAAAAAGCAGUGUAGCAGCAGCUUGCCCAGGUACAGUGGCUCGCUGAUCAAAAUACACUGUAACCGGCCAUCAGUUAAAGUGCCUACAAGUCCUAUUAAAAACUGGGGGGGAUUCAGAAUUCCAAAGAAGGGGGAAAAAGUGCAGCCUGGAAGUAUGGAAACCUGUCAGCCAAAUUUAAACUGCCAGUUCUUGGGACAGGUCUCCAAAAAAGGAAGGACAAAGGAGAAAGUAAAGUUGGACAAUGACAACGAUGGAUAUACUCCAGAUGCAGAGAUGAGUGACUCUGAAUCAGAACCCACAGACAAGUGCCGACUUCAAAGACUAACGUCAAGCAGCAGCCUAAGUAGAGGAUACGAAACGGACUUUAUUAGGAGAAGCAUCUUAGCAUCGUGACUGGAUUCCCUAGCACUGUAGCCAGGAAUGGGAGUGACUGCCUAUAAAUCCACUCCUUUGUUAUUUUUUUGUACACAAACUGGUAGCUCCUCCCCUAGCUGUUCCAGCUUCUUUAAUUGCACUUAAAAGAGUAUUUUUGUUUUAAACCCUCUAUAUUUCUUCAUCAUUUCAUUGAACAAUUGUUGUUCAUGUAGUGGUCUUAAUGAGGCACUCUGAAAGUGUCCAUCAUAGGUUUACAAGAGGGAAUAGUCUGCACUGACAGUGCUUUCAUUGGUCCCUUGAAAGCACAAGAGAAUAUUUUUGAAAGGAUAAACAAAAGUUGGUUUUGGGUACACCAUCUUGCACACAUGCCCCAGCACUGUGACUUGUCUUCAUUCAGCAUGAACACCCCAUGAGCUGAUAAUUACGCCUCCCCUACCCAUAAGUAAAAGAUUUUUUUUUUUCCUUUUAGUGAAAAUGAAACACUCCCUACCUAUAUAUAUAUAUAUAUAUAUAUAUUGUUCCUAUAUAUAUAUUGUUGCUGUGGGACGAUCUACAUAUUUGGCCAAAUAUUUUAUGUUUCAUGUACAUAUAGAUUGAUUCAGUCUUUGUACUGCACCACUGGUUCUUCUUUGUCUCUAAUUUAAAGUGAGUUCUUGAUGCAGAUGAUCAUAAAACAAGUUCAAUUGGUGCGGGCCAGUACUAGUGAAGGAAGUUUAGCUAUGGAUAAACACUUCAUUUGUAGGGGUCCUGGUUCUGUCAUACAGUGUCAGACCUUAGACCGUGGGCCCACUUUCCAAACUCUUAUUCCUUCUCUCCUCACUCACCCUCUUUAUUCUCCUAGUCUUUAAUAUCCACUUACUAUAUUCUUCCAUUAAUCAUUUUUUCCCAUAAAUAAAUUGAGAAUGACUAUGAAAUUUGCUAAUGGUUAGAAGCAAGAGGGCCACCGACACUUGGGCCCACCGGGAGUUUUCCUGGUAUCCCGGUGGGCCAGUCCGACACUGCUGUCAUAGAACACAUAAUAAACAUAAUAACACUACAGCUCUGAAAGCUCCAGGUGGUAUUUUUUUCAGAAUGGAUCAAUACUGAACUCAAAAUGUGCAUUCCAGUUUCAGCUUUACACACAAUUGCAUCUCAUUCCCAUCGUUCUGAUGAGUUUAUAGCCGACUGCAAGAGUAGUUUCAUAGUUGCACCCCUGCAUUCUCCAGAAAGCACACCCCACUCUGACUGAUAAUACAGGGUGUCAACAGUUGAUGAAGCCGGCUGACAUAUAAGCUAUUGCUUAGUUGAAAACAAAGACUCCAUUUAAUUUGUGGUGUUUCAGGUAACCAUCUUUUUUCCAAAUAUAAUGUCCAUGUGAACAGAAGAAACUUGUGUCAUAAUAAUACACAUUUCAUUUGUAUAGAAAGUAGGGAUGCACCGAAUCAAGCUUAACAGUUGGGCUUGGAUCACCCCUGCCUAGUUCUCACUAGGGAUGCACCGAAUCCACUUCACAAAAAAGAUUUCAUGAAAGAUUCGGCCAACCAAAUCCUAGUUUGCAUAUGCAAAUUAUGGGUGGGAAGGGGAAAACAUUUUUACUUGCUUUGUGAGAAAAAGUCAUGAGAUUUCCACACCCCUAAUUUGCAUAUGCAAAUUAGGAUUUGGUUCAGCCGGGCAGAAGGAUUCGGCCCAAUCCCAAACUGAAUCCUGGAUUCAGUGCAUCCCUAGUUCUCACCUGCACCAAUAGAAAUACAGUUUAGUCAGAAGCAAUGGCCAAAAGGAGCUGCUCUUCUUGUAUCCGCUGGUACAUUAUACACACGGUGAGUAAAUCUGGAGCACUUGUUUUACUCACUCACUGCUCAGCCUUGUCUGGCUUGUGUAUUGGCAGUUCUUAACAAUAUUCAAAGUCAAAUUCGAAUUUAACCAUAAAAUCUAUUACCAUGAGAAGGAAAAUAAUGAAAUAAUGCUUAAAUAAUGAAUCCAAACCAUUAUUUGCAUAUUCCAAUUUGAUUUUAAGGGUUCAGAUUUAGUUUAGCUGAAUUAUUAACAUGUGGCCAAAUCCGGACUUUGGUCAAAUGCCAGAUUUGUUGCAUUUCUAUUAUAUAUACCUGUUUCUCUGUUCUAAUUUGUAAUGACUUGUCUGUGGGCAGGCUGAGUUCCUAAUACAGUUACUAUGAAGUCAGAGGGUUCAUAUACAGUUGCCCCAAGUGAAAUCGCACUGUACAAACUUGCUUCCUUAGGACACUUAGCUGCUGCACUUGGUACCACAUUAAGAAUCUGGUGCAAGGUGGAGGGUACAGAGCAUUUUGGCGUAAAGCAUCCCUGUGUCUAACGCCUGCUGUAGGCUCCAUAGCACCUUUGCGCUCCCUAAUUUUCACUUCAUUCCCAAUGAUACAUAAGCUAGGGGACAUCCAAGGGGACAGUGUAAAAACGACAGUCCUCUAUACACCUGCCUACUGUAUAUUACACACACAUUGUAAGGUCCACUUGUCUGUUAAAUUAAGUACCGCCCCAAGUAAGAUUUUGCUUUUUUUAAGUCUAAAUAAAUAAAGCUGAAUGUUUCAUCACUUUAACACACUGAAUCUGCUGUCCAUUCACACAAGAUAAAGGUGGCCAGUAGAUUUGUCACUCUGUGCUUCCACCAGCUAGUGCUGACUUGCGGGAUACACUUCCACAGGCAUGAACAAGGUUUAAUAUUCAUCAUUAAUAAAUAUAUUCAUAAAAUAUGGCCAACAAAAGUAUCAGUUUUAUUGUUUUAAUUUGUGCAAACUUCCGUGAUUGACCUUGUUAUUCUGAUUUCCAUUGGGAGCCCUUGAUGUAAACAAUGCACAAUGAAGUCCUCACCAGCCAUUGCUUGUUGUACUGUUGUGUUCAUCAAGAUCAGUUAGAUAUAAAUAUUUCUCAUUGUUCUGCUCUGCCAUGUUUAUUUUCCUAAAGCCUCCCAAGUCACAGAACAGGCCUACUCUUCUUAUUUAUAGUUGUCUAUAAAGAUAGCAGCCCCCCCUUGUGCAGACAAAAAGCUUCCCAUGGAAUAAUCGAUGUCCUCAUGUUUAAAGGCAAAUAAAUACAAAGGAGUGUACACCAUUCAUUCGGUAUCCAAAUAUUUGUGAAUUUGCUUGGAAUCUUAACCGUAACCAUUACAUAGAAUUACGACGCUCAUGUACAACUCCUAUUGUCAUCAGCACUUUCACAAAGGGGAAUGAAGAGCCAGUUUCCUAUAAAUAAUAAUGGCCAUUUCUUGUUUUUAUUUAUGACGCUUGUCUUGCCUUCACCGUCCUGUUUCCUUUUAUUUAAGUAUUUAUAAGCGAAUUGAAGCCAGCUUUGUUUUUUCUGCUCAGAUAAUGUGUAGAAUUGUGCCUUUUGCCUCUAUGUAAAUAAAUGCUGUACAUUUUGCUA